UGACCAGAGAAAAAGGGACAGCACUUGAUUCUAACGUAAUAACCCUGCAGUGUUCUAUAUACACAGAGGAAUGUCCUUCUUAAAACAGUGACAGCACAACAAAUACUGCAAAAAAGACGAGACAGGAAAAAGGAUCAACAGAAAAAAUAAAAGAUGGAUUAGAGUGGAACAGGAUACUGGAUCACAUCAACCCAACAGUAGACAUAAAGACAUUUGGUAGCCAUGGAGACAGAGGGCACUGUGGCCUCGAACCAACAUAGUCGGAAAACCCGCUUGAGUUUCAGCACAAUCAUAAGUGCACGCUAUGGCUCCAUAAGCUCUGAGUUACCAGAUGGCAAUGCAUCCUCAGUACAGACAACCUCCAUCUCCCCGAGGCGCUCCUACAUUGCAGUGGCAGUGCUCUGCUAUAUUAAUCUCCUCAACUACAUGGACCGUUAUACCAUAGCAGGUGUGCUGCUUAGCAUCCAGAAGUACUUUGAUAUCAGUGACAGCACAUCUGGCCUCCUGCAGACAGUUUUUAUCUGUAGCUUUAUGUUCUUGGCCCCAGUUUUUGGUUACCUUGGAGACCGUUAUGACAGGAAGCUAAUCAUGAUUGCUGGGUUGUUUGUGUGGAUUGUCACGACCCUGGGAAGCUCUUUCGUCAAACAGUCGCACUUCUGGAUUCUGCUUCUGACGAGGGCACUAGUUGGUACAGGAGAAGCCAGUUACUCAACCAUUGCUCCCACAGUCAUUGGUGACUUGUUCGCUGGCACCCAGAGGACUCUCAUGAUCUCCUUCUUCUAUAUUUUCAUACCGGUUGGAAGUGGUCUUGGAUAUAUAUUGGGGGCAACAAUAGCUAAUGCAACAGGGGACUGGAGAUGGGCCCUGAGGGUAAAUCCUGCUCUGGGAGCACUGGGCAUACUGCUUCUGGUGUUUCUAAUUACUAAUCCUCCUCGGGGAGCCUCAGACAACCACGGAGGAGCAGCCAUGGAAAGCACAUCCUACCUUGAGGACGUCAAGUACCUCCUGAAGAAUCGUAGUUUUGUCUGGUCAUCUUUUGGCGUGACUGCCAUGGCUUUUGUCACAGGGGCUUUGGCCUUCUGGACCCCCACCUUCCUGUCCCGUGCCCAGGUUGCACAGGGAAACAGGCUACCUUGUGGAGUAGAGCCCUGUAACCCUAUAGACAGUUACAUCUUCGGGGCAAUCACAGUGGUGACGGGGAUUGUGGGAGUGUUUCUGGGCACUGGCAUAUCAAAGAAGCUGAGAGACAGAGUACCCAAUGCAGAUCCUCUCAUAUGUGCUGUGGGCAUGCUCAGUUCCUCACCCUGCUUUUUCAUCGCCAUCAUGCUAGCAUCCACCAGCAUCCCAGCCACAUAUACAUUCAUUGCUAUUGGAGAGACUCUGCUGUCCCUCAACUGGGCUAUUCUGGCUGACAUCCUACUGUAUGUUGUCGUGCCUACUAGAAGAGCGACAGCUGAAGCCUUACAGAUUAUGGUCUGUCAUCUCCUCGGAGAUGCAGGAAGUCCAUACCUUAUUGGUGCGAUCUCAGAUGCCCUACGCAAGUAUAAACCAGACUCUCCUAGCUGGGACUUCCGUAGACUGGAAUAUAGCAUUCUUCUCUGCCCCUUUAUUGGGGUCCUGGGUGGCCUGUUUUUCCUUAUGACCUCUCUGUAUAUAAAAGAGGACAGGAAAGCUGCACAACUGCUUGUGUCAGGACAGGCUAAUGGGCAGCCGGCAACAUCCACAGAGUCAGUGUGACCUUAUAAACAUCAACCAAAACAGGCAAUCAUGUUCACCACCAGAUCUUGGGUGAGCUUUGCUUGAUCAAGCAGGCUCUUAGAGACACAACAUUGAUUGAUGGACUGAUUUUGGACAAAUUUGUUUUUCAUGUUUUUUGAACAUUUUUAAAAUAAUCAUGACUCACACUUGUGCGAGAGUAACUUUCCAUUAUCUUGCUUUUCUUAGAUUGCCAUAUUUUGCCAUUUUCACACACUAAUCCUAAUCAAAAAUUGAUCACCAAAGCUGUGCCAUGUACAGUUUGUGUGGGCAGUUUGUGUGAGGGUCUAUGCGGUCAUGUUAAACAGUGAGCAUUUUGAAGCUUUCGUCCUGCUUUUUUUCGGCAGCUGUGUGCUACUAAUGGGAGCCUCAGGGGAACGAGGGGAGAGAACAGCCCCUCCUGCAUUUAAACUGGAAUCUUGAAAUACUGUAUGUGCCAAAUUACUCUUCUAGAGACUUUUUAUUUUCAUCUAGAGAGUGUAGACUGAGACAGAGAAUGUAUAGGAAAUUCAUAUUUUAAUAACAUUAUAAUUUUUAAUGUCCAUCUUUUUAAAGCUUUUAAAUAAAUAUAAUAUAUAAAAUA